AUGGGAAGAUCUACCUUCAUGUCUGACCAACAAAAAGGUCUGUUGCCAGCAUAUGAGGAGGUUAUACCUGAUGUGGAUAAUCGGUUCUGUGUGAGACACUUGUACAGCAACUUCAGAAAGAGGUUUCCAGGAUUACAAUUGAAGAAACUGAUGUGGAAGUGUGCUAAGGCAACUCACUGGAGGGAUUGGGAGAGGCACAUGGCCGAGGUGAAAGCUAUGAAUCAAGAGGCCUAUAGGUAUCUAAUUGCUAUCCCUCCUAGGUAUUGGUCUAGAUCUAGGUUCACUUAUAACUCUAAGGUAGAUACAUUGGUUAAUAACAUGUCCGAGAGCUUUAAUUCUGCCAUUGUUGAUGUUAGAGAGAAGCCUAUAGUCACCAUGUUAGAGGAAAUAAGGGUAAAACUAAUGACUAGGUGGGCAGAAAAUAGAGAACUUGCACAAAAUUAUUUAGGGACAAUCUUACCUAGGAUUAGAUUCAGGUUGGAGAAGAGAUCUAGGUCAGCUAGGGAUUGGAGACCAUACUGGUCUGCAGCUUUGAAGUAUGAAGUGGUGAACGGAUUAGAGAAGUUUGCGGUGGACUUAGGAUCCCAUGAAUGUUCAUGUAGAAUUUGGCAGAUGAGUGGCAUACCCUGUGUCCAUGCUAUCAGUUGCAUCAAGUUCAAGGGACUAGACAUAGAACCUUUUGUGGCUGGGUGUUAUAAGAGAGAAGCUUACAUGAGGUGCUAUGACUCAAUCAUACAUCCCUUGAAUGGAGUAGAUCUUUGGGAGAGGACUGCACACCCUGAUGUUAUGCCUCCCCCUAUCGAAGGCCUAGUCACAGGCCAGUGA